UAACAUCACAACAUUCUGCUCCACAUCUUAAUACACUCACCCCAUCGUAUAGCUGCGUAUCCAACAGUUACUCGCCCCGCCUUCACCACCAGGCUGCCUCUCUUCAAAUCAACCUUCCAUCCAUGGCUCAGCUGCAUUAACUACAACCUCAGCCGGGAUGAACAAGCAGGCAAUGAGGCUGCGGUUCGCCGCUACCGACAAGAUCCUUCAGCGCGGUACACGAGAUGCCUCAGAAGCCGCACUCGAGCGCUUCAACGAGAUGCUGCGGCAAGAUCCUACAGACCCUUUAGGCUUGCGCGACCUUAUCCCUCAUGUUCUUCUUCGACUUGACCGGGAGCAAGAGUGCUACGAUUUCAUCAAAUGGUGGGCCAGGAACGGGCCUGAAGCUCGCUCUCGAUCACCAUUCUUGAACCUUCACGGCGCCAACGCUUUCGAAUCCUUGACUAAACUCAGCGCUCGGGUUUCGAACCUCAGCCUCAGUCAUCUCGUAGCCCUCACGCUUCUGAAACUGCGACUCUAUCUCGACUGUGAAUCAGUCUACAACUUUCAACAAGAGUGCAUUUUGGAAUUUUUCGAGCCAGACCCAUCCUUUGCUGAUGUUGAUCGACCCAUCGGAAGCCUUGCACGUAACAAGAUGCACUCCACCAACUUCGAUCGUGCCGAAACAUUGAUUUCGUCUUUACGGAGCCAGUAUCUUGAGCUCUGUCGCGAGGCCAAUGCGGCAAAUUCCUAUUUCUGGGAGGCCCUGAUUGACGACGAACCUUGUACCCCUCCGCCUCACUACAGUCCAGGCUCCCGACAAGAGGCUGAACAAGUUGUAUACCAGUGUCGAAGCGCUUGGCAAGAGAGCGAGGACGCUCUCGUCAUGGUCGAAGCUGAUACCUCGAGCUUUACCCGUGUGUAUGAGGGCUCAACUGGCUCCCGUGAUGCGAACCCGACACAAUCGGAGAAACCGGGAAAGAUGCCACAACAAUUGGAGAGGAAGCGUGGCACCGGUCUUGCAUUUCCUUCGAAGAAGAAUCACACGACACCGGUCGCCCGUGAGCUCGAGGAAUAUGUUCCAACCUACGUUGGCAACACCCAGUCAGUUCGGUUUGUCCGCCGCACUAAUCAGAGCCAAGUACUCGUAUACACUGACGGUGCCUGCAUCAACAACGGACAGCCAGAUCCUCGCGCAGGUUGGUCAGUUGUGUUCGGCCCAACCGAAAGCAGUAACAGCGGUAGUCGCGGCUUUGUGUCUGGUCGACUUGAGGAUAUGGGCCCUUUUGGACAUGUCAGUAUAGACACCAGCAAUCGGGCGGAGCUGCGGGCAACGAUUGCUGCACUACGUCUCUGCGACUGGCGAGCAGAAGGCUUUGAUGAUCUCCUGAUUGCAACUGACUCAUCUUAUGUGGUUGAGGGAGCUACAGGCUGGUGUAAAGGCUGGGUUCGCAACGGGUGGAAGUUGCGUAGUGGUGGUGACGUCAAGAACAAAGACCUGUGGGAGCUGUUGCUCGGUGAGGUUGACAGAUGGAAGACCCAGGGACUGCGUGUUGUUCUUUUGCAAAUCCCGAGGGAUCUGAAUACCGAUGCUGAUGCGGCCGCGAAAGACGCUGCCCGUACUGAGACGGCCAAAGCUGAGUUCAACGACAUUACCUUGAGCACUCCUCAGACAUCAACUGCUAAGACUGAAUCAGUCCCAUAUGUACUUGCACUAUGUCUUGAAGGCGAGUCGUUCUUCGACGCUGUGUGCAGCGACCUCGUCUCUCACCUAACCUCGAAAGCCAAGCUCUUCAAGGCCGCAACUCCAGAUGCCGCCCUAGAAAUACUUGGUCGCGAGUCUCCUCCGAUCAUUCUGGUUGGUGAUGGGGCCAUUACACGCCACAAAAAGGUCUGGGAACGCGUUAUAGACCAGCUUCGAGAAGGGGCUACAGUCGUGGCAGUGGGUUGUUUCAGCAGUAUGGUAAAUGAGGGCGAGUUCAACCGCUUCUUUGCUAAAUUGGGCCUGCCGUGGAAAAGAGGUUCCUAUCAUCGGACUGACGUCAGUCUACAACCUGGUGUUAUCGAUGGCCAUCUUACAAGCCAACUUACCCGGACCUAUAGCCAGAAAGCAUUGUUUGUUAGUGGGAUCGAGAGAACAGCGGCCUGGUACACUGAAACGGCCACGUCUACGGAGGCCGCAGUUGCCUUCACCAAGAUCGGGUCAGGAAGAUUGGGCUACAUUGGGGAUGUGAACGGAGAAGAGCCUUCUAACCAGGUGGUUCUAGCGAUGUGUGGGCUUCUGUGAUUACCGGCCUGAGUGCGUUUGGGAAGGCUGAGGGUUAUAUCAUGUCCUCCAUAAAUCUAGUUUUAGAGAACAAGGGAUGGAAAAGUGAUAGUGCUGCGGGCGGAUCACAUCAUGAGUAUGGGCAUGCACACUUUUGUUACUGGUGUAAUACGUAACCAAGAUACCUAUGGUACAUGUAACCCGGUUAAGUUGACCCAGACAUCCCUCCCACAAUCUCCGG